ACCGCCCUUAAGUACUUCAGCCCUUCCCCAAAACCUCAAACCGUCAAAACCUCAAACCCUUCUCUCUCUCGAUCGAACCCUCAAAAAAAUGGCAACCCCAGAAUUGCCAGAAAACUCCCGAGAGCCCUGCCCGGACCGCAUCCUUGACGACGUCGGUGGCGCCUUCGGCAUGGGCGCGGUCGGCGGAUCCGCCUUCCACUUCAUCAAGGGCCUUUACAACUCUCCCGGAGGCCACCGCCUCUCCGGCGCCUUCCAGGGCGUCCGCAUGAACGCCCCGCGCGUCGGCGGGAGCUUCGCCGUGUGGGGCGGCCUCUUCUCCACCUUCGACUGCACCCUGGUCUACGCCCGUCAGAAGGAGGACCCGUGGAACUCCAUCGUCGCCGGGGCCGCAACCGGCGGACUCCUCCAGGUUCGCCAGGGCCUCCGCGCCUCCUCCCGCUCCGCCCUCGCCGGCGGCGUGCUUCUUGCUUUAAUUGAAGGGCUUGGGAUUACGUUUAAUAAGUUUAUGAGUGGGCAGCAGGAUAUGCCUGUUGUGAUUGAGGAUCAGAUUCCUGAUAAGUCCUCCGAAACGACGUCGUCGUCUUGGUUCGGCGGUUGGUUCGGUGGGAAGAAGGAGGAGGAAGCGAAAGGAUUCAAGACGGAGGUGUUGGAGAGUUUCGAUUCGCCGGUGCCGCCGACAUUCGAGUUCAAGUGAGGAAUUUUUGGGGUAAUUAUUUGUUUUGGCUAAAUAACUCAUUCUGGCUUAUUUUUUUGUGCUUGUUCAAAAGAAAUUCGCAUUUAUUAGUUUAGCGUCAAAUUUUUGUGGAUUAUUUGUUUGUCUCUCGAAUUCGGAAAAGAAAAUUUAUGGUCUGGAGUUAUAUUUUUUUGAAUAAAUAAAGACAAAAAUCAGUGCCUGGUUUUUUGGUUUAUUAAAAAAAUUAAAGUUUGGAUCAAUUUCUUUUGUGGAGACGAACAAAAUUUUGACACGAAACUGAUAAAUGCGUAAAUGAUUGAAUAAAAACAAAAAAAUAAGCCAAGAUACUUAUUUAACCAAAACACCGGUGAUCUUUGGGGCAACACAUGAUGGUGUCUCAAAGCCUUUCAGCACAACACAUUCUUGUGGGGUUGAUGCGAACUUCACAGAAAUUUCUGUGGUUAGGUGGACUGCGUAGAAACGUGUGGUAAAUUUUCAAAUUUUUGGGGAAUUGGAAGUUUUGUUAUUUGAAUUUUGUUUGUUGCAGCUAUAAUGUUGUUGGUUUAUAGAGUAUAUCCAUCCCUUGUUGGACAAUUUCGUUUGGUGUUGGGAUUAGAUUAGAUUAUGGCAAUUGGGAAUCAAGGUGAAUUAACAAUAAUUCGAAAUUUGUUGAUACAUUGCAGACCUUAUAAAUUGGGCACUCCAAUUUGCAUGACAUUUAUUUGUUUUCUAA